AAUAAUAGGAUAAGGCGACUGGUGGUUCUCUCCCUCCCGGCGCCGCCGGCCGUCAUGCUUCUCCGCCUCCGCCUUUCCCUUUCUCAGCAUCCGCCGGUGCCGCCUAUUCCGGAUCCUUCUCCCCCCAUUCUUAUCGGUCACAGAUUUAGCCCUCAUCCCAGCGCCAACCUUGUCUUGCGCACCAUCUCCUCCCCCCUUCCCCCGCUCCCCCCUACCCUCCUCGACUCCCCGGGAUCCUCCUCCGACGCCGGCCUUCGAUUCAGAGAAAAACUCCUCUUUAUCGAACACGACCUCGGCCUCGACUCCUCCCGCGUCCUCUACCUCAACCCUUCUCUCCGCUCCGCCCCCCUCUCCGCCAUCCGCUCCGCCGUCGAUGCCCUCCUAUCCUUCGGCCUCCUCUACGCUGAUGCUUCCCGCGUAUUCGCCAUGUACCCGUCCCUCCUUACCUGCGAACCAAGCGCAGACCUCAUCCCCGUCUUCCGUUUCCUCCUCGGUCCCGUGGAAAUUCCCUUCCCCGACAUUCGCAAGGCCGUCGCUCGCUGCCCCCGCCUCCUCGUCUCCAGCGUUCCCGACCGGCUUCUCCCCGCACUCAACUUCCUCCGCCGUCUCGGUUUCGUCGGCCGCCACCGCAUCACCUGUCGCACCACCGUCCUCCUCGUCUCUAGCGUCGAGGACACCUUCAUCCCCAAGCUUGAAUACCUCCGUGGCCUUGGAUUCUCCCAUCGGGAAACCCGCAGCAUGGUGCUUCGCUCGCCCGGUUUGCUUACCUUCAGCAUCGAGAACAAUUUCGAGCCCAAGGUUGAGUUUUUGCGCCACGAAAUGGGCAGAGAUCUCUCUGAACUCAGGGACUUUCCGCAGUACUUCUCCUUUAAUCUGGAGCGAAAGAUCAAGCCCCGACAUCGUUUGUUGACGGAGAGACGGGUGUGGAUGCCGCUCUCCAAGAUGCUCAAGGUCAGCGAUGGGGAUUUCUUGGCUCGGUUGCUGGACAUGAGAUUAAGUUCUGUUGACGACAAGCUGUAACUUUCGCUAUUUAUCAUGGCAAUUUUUAUGGCGAGACCCUGAAUAGGCAUGUAUGCGCGCGUGAAGGGACCAUAAUAUCCAACAACUGGUUCUUGUUCUUUUAAUCCAUGACAGCCCGCUUGCUAAAAGUAAGGUCGGGGAUUAAAUGAUGUAGGGUUCGGAAGCUGGAUUGGGAGCCUUCACAUAGUUUUGAAUGAAGGGUUCCUUCACUCCAGCUUUAUUCAGACAACCAUAUGAUAUGAGGCAGUGCAUUAAGUCGUCUUUCAGUAUUUUCACCUCUCACUAAUUUUUGGUUUUACUUGAAGAUUAAAUGUUAUGUUCUUUGGAAAGUUGGAUGUCUAUUAACUUUCAUUUGCAAAUAAAGAUUAGCAAUCCAUCUUUCCAAUAAAUGGUUAAUUUUUGCAUCACUAGUUUGCGACUUUUAAUGUAUCUAUGUUUUGUUUAUAAUCUCAAAUAACAAUUAGGAUAUAUAUGACUCCUUUUUCACCUUCCUUGUGUUGUUGGACUUCUCUAGAUGGUUGAUAAUUCCUUUGUAUUUCAGUGUCUUAAUUAGCAAGUAGUUUUGUGGUACCUUGAGGGACUAUGAUACAUUAUAUACGCCACAGGCUUGAUUGACAGAGAGCUGACGAACUUCAUCAGACACUGUUAAAUCUUCCUGCAGUUAAUUUUACAGGACUUGAAUAGUUCAUAAGGCAUUUGAGGGAUCCUAUCUGGCCCUUUGGUUCCUUGUGGAUUAACAAUUUGGUAAUUCAAGUUUUUUUUUUCCCUCUGAAGUGUUGGUUCAUCGUUCAAUUAGAAUAGCAUAUGUUUCAGGUGCUUGGGUCCUAUUAAGAUGGAAGUAGCUCUUUCAUUUGUGGGGAAGCAAUCUUAAUCAUAUGCCUACCAAACUUAAGAAACUAGUUUGUUAGAAUAAGUCAAACUUCACAUCAAAUUGAAUUCAUUACUCAAUGCAGAUCCCAAAAAAUAGCAUUAAAUUUAAUCUCUCAUCUUCAUAUAACAGAUCCACACUAUAUGAUUAUCAGUAGCCGCAAAUUAAACUGCUCAAAAAUCUUGCUUAAGCUACUAUAUUUUGCACUUUGGUGGAUCUUAGAUUCUCAGAGAAACUAGCUAUAAGAAUUGAUAGGUCAGAGGUAAAGCUUUAAUCAAAUUAUAAUCAGAAUAGGAGUGGUGAUGGUUUUCAAAAUAAGGGGUACUGUUGUGAUUUUUACCGGAAAUUGGAUUCCAUCUUUGUGCAAAAGGAAAAGAAAAAUCAAGACACUGAGUUAAGAAUUACAUUGUGGAUUUUGGUUCUUAUAGCUUUCUGCUAAAUGGUGAGCUCAGAGAUAUAGCUGUCCUAUUGGUUUUACUUGUUCUUUGAUUGUAGUUGAAGAAGUGAGUUGGUAUCGCAAACUAUUUUUCUGCUCUUCUGGGAUGAAUUCUGUGUUUUUUUUACAAGUUUCUGUUUCAUGCCUUUUUACUGAAAUUACUUACAAGUUGCUUUCUCAUUCCUUUUUACUGAAAUUACUAUUGUAAUUAGUUCCGGGUAUUCCAGUUAAUAAUGUGAAAGAUGUAUGGCUCUAUCCUGUUGAAGAGUAAAAUGUGGAACGUUGAACUAUCCAUUUUCAAACUGCAUUAUUCAGAUAGAUACAUGCACAGAGUAGUAGGCAGCUACUCGUAAAAUGUUCCUUUUUAUAUUGGUUAAUUACUAAAUUACAAUUUAACUUCAGAUAUUAUCAAAUCUAAUCCUAUUUGACACUGAUUCUACGACAUCUGUACCUGUUUGCCUUUUCAUCCACUUACUUGUCUCAAGUGUGAUGUCAUCUAAUGUAUCUUUCGGGACUGGGUUAUAUUUUAUAUUAUUUGAUGCCAUGUCUUCUUCUCAACAGUGUUUGGAGAAUAAUGAAGGAUAAUUUGUUGCAAAAUUAAAUAUAAUAUGAUAGAUUCGUUCAAAAUUAUAUGAGUCCAGUGCUUCUUGCUGCCUUGAGUUUUUUACAGCAGUACCACAUGCAUUCUAGUUUUGAGUCUAAAUGAUUUGCUAUGGUUGAUAGCUCCAGAACUCCUUGGCGAUUGCAUUAAUAUUGAUACAUAGAACUUGGAUAUUAUGUUGGAAGUGCACUUGUUAAAACUGUUAAUUUUUUUUUUUUUUGUUGAUAAACCGUCAGUCAUAAUGUUGCAAUGUUUAAUAAUCCCUUUACUGUGGAAAUGAGUACAGAUCAAAAAACCCUACCCAGCGCAUGCACGUAGUCAACUAGCUGAACUCAAGUAGAGUACCUCUGUAGUAUUGGUGAUCUAACUUCAUGAGUUUAGAAUAUUUCAGAGUUGUGAUGUGCCCUAUAAAACUAAAAUGUCUUCUCGAUAUUGUAAAAGUCCAUGGAGAGAGAUUAAAGUGUUGCAGUUUGGAGAGAAACUCGAAUGAGAAAUUUCUGCGCAGCACAGUCGGUAUAAAUUCAGGACUGCCUUUGUUGAACUUUGGAAUGAGUUGCGAAGCUGGAUACAAAUAGUUCUACCAUAAUUGUAUUCAUGAAGCUUGCACUUUGUAUGACAACUUGAUUCUUGGCAACUGCUUCAGGUCCCCACCUUUUCUGGAGAAUUAGUGCAUCAUCUUUUCAAGGAGAAGAACUCCAAAUUUGGCUGAUUUUUAUUUGCUCAUGAGUGUCUGAAGAUUGUUUUUACUCCAGGAAGACAUGAUUCAUGGUCUAGAGAUGAAUGCAUUAUGAUUGCAGCUAGGGAGUAGGAGGAAGCAGGAAAGAUAUUUAGCUGAUAGCUGUGGCUGGCAGUCUCCCAGAUCUCUGACACAAAUUUUACGACUGUCGCUACCACUGCCACUUCCGUGCUGCCUCCUUCACACGGAAUGCCCCCAAAUGGGUAGUCCUUUCCUCUUAUCACUUGCAACCAACCUAGUCACGCAAGCUGGACUUAAAUUGGCGUUGCAUGAAAAGUGUUGCAUCCAUAUCCCGUGAUCAGCACUUCACACGACUGAAUAUUACAGGUGCAGACAGAUAUGAUGAGAGACAUGCUCCUCUCUUGUAAAGCAUUUUGUUCUGUAGCUAGGUACAGCAGAUAAUGCUAGUGUCCAUGUUUUUGGUGUACUCGCAUCACUUCUAUUACAGUAACGUUACAACUACUCCCUUGUUAUGGCAAUCCAUCACUGUUCCUGAAAACUGAAACUGAAUGCAUAUGAGGAGAAAAGGAAACCUGUUUUUUGGGUACUCAUCCCUUCAGCAGUAAUCUUAGUUGAGUACAUGGAUUGGGAUUGAUAGACACCCUUCAUCAAUUGAAAUUGAUAGCUGUUUUUAAAGUUUUGGAGCACCAAACUGUGAACCUUCCAAACAAAAUCAUGCAACUUUUUUAUGCAUUGCUUUACUACAUCAUGGAAUUGUGCCACCAAUUAAAAUUCAAGGAUUGAUGCAUUCAUCAGAUUUGGUGUAGGGAUCAUAAACUUUGGAAACAUUACUGUGUGUUCUAUUGUCUGGAAGAGCACAUUCUUUCUGCCCUCUUCAAUGUAACCAAGUCUCAUUUAAUUGCACCGAGACAAGCAAAAGUUAUGCUUCAAACCUGCAAGUGAAGGAAAAGAAGCAAAUCCCAAAUUUUGUGGAUCCAGAGCUUGAAUAGUGUCCUAACUCUUGUGAUAGGUCCCUUGCGGUGGUUGUAUUCUGAUCAUCAUGUCGGAUUCGGUGUGGAUGCAUGAUGAGCUCUCAUUCUUUUGUCGAGGGAGGGAGGAAGGAAACAGCUUUUUACCAGGUUACUCGGAGGAGGAAAAGCAGACAACGUUUUGGUAAACAAUCGAAAUUCAUAAUUGAUUGCUCCAAUUCUUGCACGAGUUAUAAGAAGACGCCCACACGUGCGGAGCAAAGCCUGCAAGCGGGUGCUGCCUCAGCUUGCAGGAGAGAAGCUCUCAGGGGAGCAGUGAGGUGGGCAAUUGUGAAAGUGCAAAUGGUCCGUCGAAGAUAAGUGGCAGAGGACACUGGAGGCCAGCCGAGGACUCCAAGCUUAAAGAGCUGGUGGAGCUCUACGGCCCGCAGAACUGGAACCUCAUUGCAGAGGAAUUGGAAGGCCGAUCAGGUUGAGGUGGUUCAACCAGCUGGAUCCGAGGAUCAACAGGAGGCCAUUCAC